AUGGUGGUCAUCGAGGAAAAGAACACCUACGAGGGAUACUGUGCUCAGGUAAAGGGUGUCACUGAUCGUCUCGCUGAACUCCAACAUCUGAACGGCAACAACCGUGCUUCACAGAGCCCUCAUACCGCGAACAAGGGAAACAACAACAAUGGAAACAAGAUUGAAUCUCAGGGACUGAAUAGGACCUCCUCCAGCGUGGGGGGCAAUACUAUGGACUGGGAACCGAGUGUCGCGAGCAACGCUAAGCGAGCUAAGUGGGUGAGCAAGGAGGAGCUGCAACGUCGUCGCGAUAAGGGGUUAUGCCUGCGCUGCGGCUCAGCUCAGCAUCAUGUCGCCAACUGCCCUUUCCGUGCUCCUCACCGGCUUGGACCAAAGGUCGCCGAAGUGAAGGUUGAUGACGCUAUUUUGGAAGACGAAGUUGCCGAUGAAGGAAGGGAAUCGGGAAAUGCGGCGCCCCUGUGA